GGCCCCCAUGCUACGGUGAGGGCUCUUCGGGCCGGGACACCUCGAGGGGUUCUCGCUCCACAUCCCCCACGCCGGUUCCCGGUCCUGCCCUAUUCCACCCCCUUCCACCCUACCUGCAGCCGCCGCUGCCUUCGGGGGAGGGGUCCCCCAGCUUCUGCGGAGCCGCAUGAACAAUAGGCAGCGGCGGCUCCUGCGCUCCAUGGAUCUCCCGCUCCAUGGAUCCCUCCCGCGCGCUUCUCGGCUGCCUGGCGAGCGCUGCUGCCGCCGCCCCGCCCGGGGAGGAUGGAGCCGGGGCCGGGGGCGAGGAGGAGGAGGAAGAGGAGGAGGAGGAGGGGGCGGCGGUGGCCGUGGCAGCAGCGGAGGAGCUGGGCUCCGAGCCGCCACUGCCCUUCUGGACCGCGGUGUUCGACUACGAGGCUGCGGGAGAGGACGAGCUGACCCUGCGGCUGGGCGACGUGGUGGAAGUGCUGUCCAAGGACUCGCAGGUGUCCGGCGACGAGGGCUGGUGGACCGGGCAGCUGAAUCAGCGGGUGGGCAUCUUCCCCAGCAACUACGUGACCCCUCGAAGCGCCUUCUCCAGCCGCUGCCAGCCGGGUGGGGAAGACCCCAGCUGCUACCCAGCCAUCCACUUAUUAGAGAUUGACUUUGCAGAGCUGACCCUGGAGGAGAUCAUUGGCAUUGGGGGUUUUGGAAAGGUGUAUCGAGCUUUUUGGGCUGGAGAAGAAGUUGCUGUGAAAGCUGCCCGCCAUGACCCUGAUGAGGACAUCAGCCAGACCAUAGAGAAUGUUCGUCAGGAAGCCAAACUCUUUGCCAUGCUGAAGCACCCAAACAUUAUUGCUCUGAGGGGUGUGUGCCUGAAAGAACCCAAUCUCUGUUUGAUCAUGGAAUUUGCACGUGGAGGGUCUUUAAAUCGAGUGUUAUCGGGGAAGAGGAUCCCUCCUGACAUAUUGGUGAACUGGGCUGUGCAGAUUGCCAGGGGGAUGAACUAUCUGCAUGAUGAAGCAAUUGUCCCCAUCAUCCAUCGGGACCUCAAAUCCAGUAACAUAUUGAUCCUCCAAAAAGUUGAGAAUGGAGACUUGAGCAACAAGAUUCUGAAGAUCACAGAUUUUGGCCUGGCCCGGGAAUGGCACAAGACCACCAAGAUGAGUGCAGCUGGAACUUAUGCUUGGAUGGCCCCUGAAGUCAUCCGCUCCUCCAUGUUCUCCAAGGGCAGUGAUGUGUGGAGCUAUGGUGUGCUGCUUUGGGAAUUGCUAACGGGUGAAGUGCCCUUCCGAGGAAUAGAUGGCUUAGCAGUAGCCUAUGGGGUUGCCAUGAAUAAGCUUGCCCUUCCCAUUCCUUCUACGUGCCCAGAACCUUUUACCAAACUCAUGGAAGACUGCUGGAAUCCUGAUCCCCAUUCACGACCGUCUUUCAUGAAUAUCCUGGACCAACUCACCACUAUAGAAGAAUCUGGAUUUUUUGAAAUGCCCAAGGACUCCUUCCACUGUCUGCAGGAUGACUGGAAACAUGAGAUUCAAGAGAUGUUUGACCAACUCAGGGCCAAAGAAAAGGAGCUUCGUACGUGGGAGGAAGAGCUGACUCGGGCAGCCCUUCAACAGAAGAACCAUGAGGAGCUACUGAGGCGCCGAGAGCAAGAGCUAGCAGAGAGGGAGAUUGACAUCCUGCAGAGGGAGCUCAACAUCAUUAUCCAUCAGUUGUGCCAAGAGAAGCCCCGGGUAAAGAAACGCAAGGGCAAGUUUAAGAAGAACCGGCUGAAACUCAAGGACGGCAACCGCAUCAGCCUCCCUUCAGAUUUCCAGCAUAAAUUCACUGUGCAGGCAUCUCCAACCAUGGACAAAAGGAAGAGUUUGAUCAGUAGUGGCUCCAGUCCUCCAGCAAGUCCCACCAUCAUUCCCCGACUCAGAGCCAUUCAGUUGACACCUAGUGAAAGCAGCAAAACCUGGGGUCGGAGUUCAGUUGUCCAGAAGGAGGAAGGCGAGGAAGAAGAGAAGAGGACCCUGAAGAAGAAGGGACGUACGUGGGGACCAAGCACACUUGGGCAGAAGGAAAUUGCCUCAGGAGAUGAGGGAUCUCCUCAGAAGCGAGAGAGAACUAAUGGUUUGUGUGCCCUCUCAGAAUCUCCACAUUUUCACUUGGGCAGUCUGAAAUCCCUGGUGGAUGGAUACAAGCAGUGGUCGAACAGUGCUCCAAAUUUGGGGAAAGGCCUGAGGACAAACCCUGCCCUUCCAGGGUUUACCAGCCUCGCCGAGAUGGAGGAUGAAGAAAUCGAAGGCCUGAGGAGUGGGGAGAGCCGAACAAUCCAUUCCUCCAACCAGUCUUACCUCUGCAUUCCAUUUCCACGAAAUGAAGAGGUGGACAGCCCACCCAUUGAUGGAGCCCAUGAGGAGCCCACCCCAGUGAAUUCAGCUACCAGCACCCCACAGUUAACACCCACCAACAGCCUCAAGCGAGGGGGAACCCAGCAUCGCCGCUGUGAGGUAGCUCUCCUGGGCUGUGGGGCUGUUCUGGCCGCUACUGGCCUAGGGUUUGACCUGUUGGAGGCAGGAAAGUGCCAGCUGCUACCCCCUGAAGAAGCAGAGCUGCCACCCCGAGAGGAGAAGAAGAGGCGUGAGGGCCUUUUCCAGAGGGCUAGCCGCCCCCGCCGGAGUACCAGCCCCCCUUCCCGCAAGCUCUUCAAGAAGGAGGAGCCAGUGCUGUUCCUGGGGGACCCCUCAGCUUCUCUGACACUGCUCUCUUUGUCCUCCAUCUCCGAGUGCAACUCUACUCGAUCCCUCCUUCGAUCAGACAGCGAUGAGAUCGUGGUGUAUGAAAUGCCAGUCAGUCCAGUGGAGGCGGCUCCCCUGCCCGCUCGCACCAACAACCCCCUAGUCAAUGUCCAAGUAGAGCGUUUCAAGCGCAACCCCAACCAGUCUUUGACUCCCACCCAUGUCACCCUCUCUGCUCCCACACAGCCUACUGGUCACCGGCGAACUCCUUCUGAUGGAGCGCUUAAGCCGGUGGCUCCCCUGGCCAAUGGCAGCCCAUCGAGCAAUGGGCUGAAUGCCACACCAGGUGCAGGGAUGCUGAAAACUCCGAGCCCCAGCCGAGAUCCUGGUGAGGUACCUCGCCUGCCAGACCCCAACCUGGUCUUCCCCCCGACGCCAAGGCGGUGGAACACCCAUCAGGACUCCACACUGGAAAGACCCAAGACUCUAGAGUUUCUUCCCCGGCCCCGCCCUUCUGCCAACCGGCAGAGGCUGGACCCCUGGUGGUUUGUGUCCCCCAGCCAUGCCCGCAGCGCCUCCCCCGCCAACAGCUCGAGCACAGAGACACCCAGCAACCUAGACUCCUGCUUUGCAAGCAGCAGUAGCACUGUGGAGGAGCGUCCGGGGCUUCCCGCCUUGCUCCCCUUUCAGGCAGGGCAUCCCCCUUCUGCUGAACAGGCCCUUUUGGACCUGGAUGCAGAGGGACAGAGCCAGGACAGCACUGUUCCACUGUGUAGAUCUGAACUAAACACACACAGAUCCACUCCCUAUGAGGUUCAGCAAGAGUUUUGGUCUUAGCAUCAGAGGAAUCUGGGGUUGGGGUAGUAGUCUGGGCAAAAGGGAAGAGAGGAUCUGGGGGUACCUGGCUAGGGGGUGUCUCCCAUCAUGCAGCACCCCAAGAUCCGGUCCUACUUCUUGCACUGAUAAUGCACUUUGAAGACAGAAGAGGUGGGGAGGGCAUCUGCUCUGAAGGCCCCAGCCAACAGUGAGCUCUCCUGUUUAGAACCACCACCCUUGAUGUAGCCUGUCAGCUCUGAGUGUGCCUGUGUGUGGGAAGGGGGAGGCCUGUGAAUGGCCUUCUGUCUCUUCAGUAUUCCUUGCCCUUGGGCCUUGGUGUGGCAACCCAGCCAAACCAGCACCGUUAAGUAGGGUGUGCCCCAGGGUCUGUCCCAGAGUCUCUUGGUCAUCCCAGAGUUCUGUGGUUACAAAUACCAGUGUUGGAUAUUCUUUUGCUACUCUACCCCAACCCUUGUCCUUGAAUCCAGUUCAAAGUCAUUAUGAGACCUAAGGCUGUCUGUGUCUCAUGCUGUCAGGAAAGCUUGGGGUGGGAUGAUAAAGGCAAAAGACUUGAUGGAGCAACCUUCCCCUCCCCCCACCAUUCUACUUGCCUGAUCUAUUUAUUUGAGCCUAGGGGUGGCACUCUGAUCCACCCCCAUGGGACCCGGUGGGGAGAGGGAUGGGGAAAUAUAGUUGAAUUGUAGUGAAGAGUCUAUGUUCUGGCUUCUUUUAGCAAGAUUCAGUGAAGGGUGGAGACUAUUGCAUAGUAAAGGCGCUGACCUCCCCAUGGUGGGUAUGUGGCCAAAUCAUAUUUCAAGAAAAACACUUGCCUAGCCCAUGGGUAUGUUCUUGGGAGACUCCUUCCUUGGUGCCACCUUAGGUGCUAGAGGUGCUUUUCUUAUUUAAUGGGACCACCCCAUGGAGUAUAUACAGAGCUGUACUACCUGCUUCUGGCCAACUACAUUUGCUAGGUCAAUUUGGAUGCUUUGGGGAUACCAAAAAGCCCCUUGCUAUUUCUUGCUGCUUGUAUGUAACUCAGUGCUGAAGGACCUGGUGAAAGCAGGCAGGCAGCUCUAUGUAUUCUCUGUGGGAUGGCCCUAUUUUUCUGUUUUGUCCUUUCCCCUUGUUCUUCACUUCUUUCUUCUCCAGGGACCAGUAACUGCAAGCCUUCAUGUAUGGCUAGUAAAAAUCACUCAAAUCCUAAGAGGUUUUCUCAUAAAUUUUAGCAGGAGUGGCAUCCAGUGGUGAACCCUGGGGAAUGGGAAUCAAGAUUCUGGAGUCACUCUCAGUUCAAGCAAACACCCUUAUACCUUUCAGCAAGUCACUUUACUCCAGUUCACUCCAUGUCUCUAAAAUGAGCUUGUGAAACACCUCCCUAAAAAAGGGACUUCAGAAUAGCUCAAUGACAAGGUCUCUAAAGGCAUAGGGGGCUUCUCAUGUACACAACAUAAAAAUUGCCCAGACCGUCUCUCCUCCAUAUACUGUGGCCUCUUGACAUACUGGGCUUUGGACUAUGGUGGGAGCAGCAAGGCUCUUUCAAGCGCUGCCCAAUCUUCCUGACAUGAAGAAAGAAAGAAAAAACUGAGAGCAGCUCUAACAUUUAUGAAAUUUAUUUAUUUACUUGAAUAAUGAACUUCAACUUAAGGUCUAUUCCAUCUGUUUAUUCCUCCACCCUCUCCCCCUCUCCCAAUCUGUUUCUCCAUCAUGUUAUGAACUGAGUGAAAUCCAUCUGUAACUUCUAGCAGUAUACUGGGCCUCUGUUGAGACAUCCCUGAGUCUGUAGGUGGGGUGGUGUUCACAGUCUCCUAUAACAUUCCUUCCUUUCUGCAGGGAUGAACAGAACCUCCUACAAGGGGAAAGCAGAGAGUGACGCUUCUUCUUGGUCAGGCCCAGAGAGUGCAGCUUUAGUCCCAUAAAGAUAGUGAAUUUUCCACAAUGACAUUUUACCUCCGGCCCAAUGAACCCAGCUCCCUGCUUCUCUUUUGUACCAGGGGCAGGUGACUUCUGCCCUACCUCAUCCUCUUCCCGUCGUGCCAGCACAUGGCAAAGCAGUGGAAGGAGUCAUUAUUAUCUUCACACCUUGGCCUGUCAUCCCUGGGGUAGAGAGGCGAUAGGACUUCUGCUGGGGACAUGGGGUCAGAAGCCAGUUGAUAGUUGAUAGUUGAUAGUACCCUUUAGCUUCAUGCUCGCUCUCCAAGGUUCUGAGCAGGAGCUAACCUCAAAGCUGUGGGUCAAACUACUUUCACUGAGAGUAGCUGACCUUCCCUAGUGCUACCUAGGGACCUUCGUCUUUAACACUAUGCAAUGUGUUAAACCACAUGGAAUGUGGUGUCAGAAAAUAUUUCUUUCCUAAGGUUUCUGCUCAUAUCACUGACUCAGAUGCAGUUCUCAUCUACUUCCUUGAGAGGCCUGCCAGCUGCUGGGCAUCACAGUUGCCUUUCAUACUACCUUGUAAUUCUACUCAAAUAGCUUUGAAGGAUAGUUUUUUUUUCAUUGUAGGUAUUUUUCACCCCCAAGGCCCUCUUUCAACUCCCUCCUUUAUGUGAGGUUCAAUUGCAGGCCCUGAAGUGUCCAAUGAGAAAUAACUGAUUUUUUAAAAAAGUUUAAAAAUUUCCUUGAGUAGGAUGUGUUUGCUAGUGGAAAGGGAGAGGUGUUCACAUCUGGGUAGGCAAGCAAAAAAGAAAUGAUGAAAGGCAUCUGUCAUAUGUAGACUCCCACCCUGGAGGAAUAGGAGGAGAUAAACUUUCAGGCUAUUCUUUAUUCUAAUGCUUACUUACCUUGUGACCUUGGCUGAAUCACUUAGCCCCUUGUGAAAAGACAUCACCAGCCUUCCUCCCAAAGCAUGGGGUGUGAGUGCUCACAAAACAAUAUUGAUCAAGCACUUUGGGCCUCCUUGGCAGGAAGAGAUUAAUUUUCAGUUGAGAAAUGAAGCCAGUUCCUGAAAGAAGCUUCCUUUAUUACUGGCCGAGGUGUGGAGGGGAGGAAAUUUGUACAACAUAUCUUUCAUCCCCUUGGCUCUGGGUUGAUUUGUAUCUUAUUCCUUUCAGAGAUAUCUGGAAAAAAACUGAUUAGAAGGGACUCAUUCAGUGGUAAAGCACCGGCCCUGGAUUCAGGAGGAUCUGAGUUAAAAUCCGGCCUCAGACACUUGACACUUACUAGCUUUGUGACCCUGGGCAAGUCACUUAACCCUCAUUGCCCUAAAAAAAAAUAAUAAAAAAAAAUAAAAAGAAGGGACUCAUUAUAUAGCCAGUGGGAGUCAUUAGCAGGCACAAGCUCUGCUGAGGCAUAUUUGAAUAUUCACAGAGUGCUUAGCUGCUUUUAAACAAAUUAUCCUUUAUUCAUCCCAACCAAUAAUCAGUGAGGUUGGUCAUCAUCCUCAUCUUUGUCUUAACAGAGAAGGAAAUGGAGUUAGGGGUGAGGUUGUUAGCAAUGCAAGAAAUAAAAGGUGUCACUUUUGAAGUGUUGGCCUUUUGAUUCUGGAAACCUGAUUUUUCUUUUGUCCUAGUUUGAAUUCUAUUCAGAUUUGGCAUAAAGAGAAAUUUGGGUGGAGGGGAUUUUGUAGCAUUUCCCAGAUGUGUUGUUGAAAGGGACUAAAGAGGUCAUUUAAUCCAGUCCCCUCAUUUUACAGAUGAAGAAACUCAGCCUUAGGGAGGUUUAGAUGUACCACAAGAUCAUGUAAGCAGUGAGUGGUAGAGGCAGGAUUUGAACCCAGAUCCUCCAGAUCCAGCACUCCUCCCUCGCCACACCACCUACCUCCUUAAUUCCCUUCCUAGCUUGGGUCAGACCAUAUGCCAUUCUUAUCAGGAAAAACUUCCCAACAAUUAGAACUAACCCAAAGUGGCAGCUAGGUGGGGCAGUGAAUAGAGCAAGGGGCCCAAAGGCAGGAAGAACAGUUCAAAUCUGGCCCCAGACAGUUACUAGUUGUGUGAUUCUGGGCAAGUCACUUCACCUUGAUCACCUCAGUUUCCUCAUCUGGAAAAUGAGCUGGAGAAGGGGAAAUGGCAAACCACUCCAGUAUCUCUGCCAAGAAAACCCCAAAUGGGGUCACAAAGAGUUGGACAUGACUGAACAACAACAACAAAGGUAGAACGGGCUGCCUUGAAGGGUAUUCAAGGAGAGGCUGCAUGAUUGCCUUUUUUUUUUUUUUUUUGGUGGGGCAGUGGGG